GUUUCUUCUUGGUUCUUCCAGUAAGUACAUUUACCACCGGCUCACAUCAUCACGUCAACUCCCAAAGCAUAUGAAUUGAAGCCCCAGACAAACACGAACAAAGUCAAUCAGAUUCUCCGAGGAUGUUCUACAGAGGUAAAUUUGCUGAUGGAGUUGAUGGGCGUGAAAUGGGUGCAAAGCGUCAGCGUUUGAUUGAUCAGGGACCUCCAUUCUAUGGAAGUUCCCCAGGUUCAAGUUUUAUGUACAAUCCACCACCUUAUGGAUAUGUUAACCAACCUCCACCUUUCCCAGUUGUCCGACUUCGUGGCCUUCCCUUUGAUUGCACAGAAACUGAUGUGGCUGAGUUCUUUCAUGGUCUGGACAUUGUUGAUGUUCUUUUUGUCCACAAGAACAACAAGUUCACUGGGGAAGCAUUUUGUGUGUUGGGGUAUCCUCUUCAAGUUGAUUUUGCCCUCCAAAAGAAUAGGCAGAACAUGGGAAGGAGAUAUGUUGAGGUUUUCAGAAGUAAGAGGCAAGAGUAUUAUAAGGCAAUAGCAAAUGAAGUUUUGGAUGCACACGGCAGUUCACCUCGCAGAAAUAUCCCAAGAGCUAAAUCGCAUGAUGAGGGCAAGGACUCAGCUGAACAUACAGGGGUAUUGCGAUUGAGAGGAUUACCAUUUUCAGCCAACAAGGAUGAUAUAAUGGAUUUCUUUAAAGAUUUUGUAUUGUCGGAAGACUCAAUUCAUCUCACAAUGAAUUCAGAUGGGAGGCCAACUGGUGAAGCAUUUGUAGAAUUUGCAAAUGCAGAAGACUCUAAGGCAGCAAUGGCCAAAGAUAGGAUGACUCUUGGGAGUCGUUAUAUAGAGUUGUUUCCUUCAUCACAAGAGGAGAUGGAUGAAGCAGUUUCAAGAGGACGGUGACUGUUUCUUCAAAGACCUUUUUAUUUUACCUGUUAUUCUGUACUUAAUUUGAUCUAUUACUUAAAUAUUAUUGUUUGGGAUUUUACCUUUCUAGUUUUCCCUUAAUUCAGCCAUACACUAAACUGUUUUAAAAAAAUCCAAGUAGUGUAUUUUUUUUCA